CUGGAUGACGUCACGGGCCCCGAGCGGCUUGGCUCCCAGAGCGAACUGAGCGCGCGAGAAUGGCGGUGGUCUCCGAAGCACUGGGCCUCCUGGUCACCGAGCUGUACGACGUGCAGGCUUUCAAGUUCGGGAGCUUUGUGCUGAAGAGCGGGCUCACCUCCCCCGUCUACAUCGACCUGCGGGGCAUCGUGUCCCGCCCGCGUCUUCUCAGUCAGGUCGCAGAUAUUUUAUUCCAAACUGCAAAAAAUGCGGAGAUCAGUUUUGACAGUGUGUGUGGAGUUCCUUACACAGCGUUGCCACUAGCUACAGUUAUCUGUUCAACCAAUCACAUUCCCAUGCUCAUUAGAAGGAAGGAAACAAAGGAUUAUGGCACCAAGCGUCUUGUAGAAGGAGAGAUCAGUCCAGGGCAAACCUGUCUGAUCAUUGAGGAUGUUGUCACCAGUGGGGCCAGUGUUUUGGAAACUGUUGAAGUUCUUCAGAAGGAGGGCCUGAAGGUGACUGAUGCCAUAGUGCUGUUAGACCGCGAGCAGGGAGGCAAGGACAAAUUGCAGGCUCAGGGGAUCCGUCUCCACUCUGUGUGCACAUUGUCCAAAAUGCUGGAGAUUCUUGAGCAGCAGAAAAAAAUUGAUGCCGAGAUGGUUGGGAGAGUGAAGAGAUUCAUUCAGGAGAAUGUCUUCACAGCAGCUAAUCAUAAUGGUGUUCCUCCUCCCGUGAAGAAAGCAUGCAAAGAACUCAGCUUCGGUGCAAGAGCAGAGCUGCCCGGAAUCCACCCACUUGCCUCAAAACUUCUCAGGCUGAUGCAGAAGAAGGAGACCAAUCUGUGUCUAUCUGCUGAUGUCUCCGAGGCCAGAGAGCUGCUGCAGCUAGCAGAUACCUUGGGACCCAGCAUCUGCAUGCUCAAAACUCAUGUCGAUAUUCUGAAUGAUUUUACUCUGGAUGUGAUGGAGGAGUUGGCAGCUCUGGCAAAACGCCAUGAGUUUUUAAUAUUUGAAGACAGGAAAUUCGCUGAUAUAGGAAACACAGUAAAAAAGCAGUAUGAAGGUGGCAUUUUUAAAAUAGCUUCCUGGGCAGAUCUAGUAAACGCCCAUGUGGUGCCAGGCUCAGGAGUUGUGAAAGGCUUGCAGGAAGUGGGCCUGCCUUUGCAUCGAGCGUGCCUACUCAUUGCAGAAAUGAGCUCUGCUGGCUCUCUGGCCACUGGAAACUACACUAAAGCAGCAGUUGGAAUGGCUGAGGAACAUUGUGGAUUUGUGGUUGGUUUUAUUUCUGGCUCCCGAGUAAGCAUGAAACCAGAGUUUCUUCAUUUGACCCCAGGAGUUCAAUUAGAAACAGGAGGGGAUCACCUGGGCCAACAGUACAAUAGUCCUCAAGAAGUGAUUGGCAAACGGGGUUCUGAUGUCAUCAUUGUAGGCCGAGGAAUACUUGCAGCGGCUAACCGCCUGGAAGCAGCCGAGAUGUACAGAAAAGCUGCCUGGGAAGCUUACUUGAGUAGGCUUGCUGUUUAAUAAGACACUGAAAAUGACUGGUGACCCACAAGUAUCAUGCUCUUUAAUGUAUAAUCACUGCAUUGGUAUUUAAAGCUUGCUUUUGUUAAAAGUGGUAUUUGUUGGCAGCCACUAUCU